UUGUUCUCGAUAUUUAGCAGCGCAGGCGGAGCGAACCCUGAUGAUACUGAGCCUCUACAGCAGCACUUCCAUGGAGGUCGUGAAGAAGAAAGUUGGAGAAGGGCUUCUCUGGAUCCAGAUGCAGCUGUCUAGGGACCGUGCCCUCACAAAGGACCUCGUGAGACGCGCUGAAGUAGCAGGUUACCGAGCUCUUGUACUCACUGUUGACAUGCCAGUGUACGGAAUGAGAAUAGACAGAGUAAAGAAGAGCUACAGCCCUCCAGAAGAUAUCAGAUUUGCCAACUUCAAAAAGAUCGCGGAGGACGAAGUUGGGAACGGGAAAAUGGUGCUGCCCGUGAACGAUCCACUCAUCAACGCUGCGCAGACGUGGGAUGACGUCACCUGGUUGAAGAGCAUCACCAGUCUUCCCGUCGUCGUGAAAGGAAUCACCACGGCCGAAGACGCUGAGAUAGCCAUCGAUCGUGGGGUUUCAGCCAUACUCGUCUCGAAUCAUGGCGGUCGGCAGCUAGACGGAGUCCCAGCAACCAUUGAAGUCCUCCCAGAAAUUGUGAGUGCGGUUCGUGGACGCGUCGAGGUCUACGUGGACGGCGGAGUCCGUCGCGGCACCGAUGUGGUCAAGGCCCUGGCGCUUGGAGCCAAGGCCGUGUUUGUCGGUCGUCCUGCCCUCUGGGGUCUGGCGUACAACGGGGAACCUGGCGUAAGGAAAAUGCUCGCGAUACUGAGAGAAGAGUUGGAUGGAGCGCUGGCACUGAUGGGUAUACGAUAUUUAUAA